GGCUAUAUUUAGAUCAGUGGUCAUGCUGUCAGUGUCCGUGUAUGACAUUGCCGCUAAAAGUCAUGACGUAAAAGCUCUUGUGGUACGCAAAGUGUGACGUCAUUACAAUGUGCACGAAGAAAAAGGGAGCUGUUUGUGUUUAGCUAAAUCAUAAAUUCCCUUAAAUUACAUUGCUUUUACGCAAUAUAUGUAGGCACAUAGUUGUCAGAAUUCAGCGAGUGUUUACUUUUGUUGAUUGGAUCGCAAACAAAAUCGUGUGUCUGACUUUCAGGCAACAAAGAAGAUGAGUCGUUACCAUGGAAACCAGUUCUACUCAGUAGAGGUGGGAGAUACGACAUUUACCAUCUUGCGAAGAUAUCAGAAUCUGAAGCCCAUCGGAUCUGGUGCUCAGGGUAUGGUGUGUGCUGCUUAUGACACAGUGACGGCAACGAACGUGGCCAUCAAGAAGUUGAGCCGCCCUUUCCAGAACGUCACACACGCAAAACGCGCUUACAGAGAGUUUGUUCUCAUGAAGCUCGUCAACCACAAAAACAUUAUUGGGUUGUUGAAUGCAUUUAGUCCACAGAAGUCUCUGGAAGAGUUUCAAGAUGUGUACCUAGUGAUGGAGCUGAUGGAUGCCAACUUGUGUCAGGUCAUACAAAUGGAUCUCGACCAUGAGCGAAUGUCCUAUCUCCUCUACCAAAUGCUCUGUGGUAUCAAGCACCUACAUUCAGCUGGAAUUAUACACAGGGAUUUAAAGCCUAGCAAUAUUGUGGUGAAGUCUGAUUGCACAUUAAAGAUAUUAGAUUUUGGGCUGGCCCGAACAGCCGGGACAACGUUUAUGAUGACGCCGUAUGUUGUCACACGAUACUACAGAGCCCCAGAAGUUAUUCUAGGAAUGGGAUACAAAGAAAAUGUGGACAUCUGGUCAGUUGGCUGCAUCAUGGGCGAGAUGAUUCGCGGGAGUGUCAUGUUCCCUGGAACAGAUCAUAUAGACCAGUGGAAUAAAAUUAUUGAGCAGCUAGGAACGCCGAAUCCAGAGUUCAUGAAGCGGCUGCAACCUACUGUUAGGAAUUACGUAGAAAAUAGACCUAAAUAUAAUGGAUAUACCUUUGAAAGGCUAUUCCCUGAUGUUCUCUUCCCAGCCGAGAGCACCGAGCAUAACAGGCUCAAAGGUAAGGGAAGCAAAGCAAGUCAAGCCAGGGACCUACUAUCGAAAAUGCUUGUGGUGGAUCCGGACCAGAGGAUAUCAGUGGACGAAGCCUUGAUGCACCCGUACAUUAACGUGUGGUAUGAUGACGGGGAGGUUAACGCUCCUGCGCCUGCUCCCUAUGACCACUCUGUUGAUGAGAAGGAGCACACUGUUGAAGCCUGGAAAGACCACAUAUUCAAGGAGGUAAAAGCAUACGAAUUGCUACAGAACAGCAUACCAGCCGGAAUGUCACUACACAAUCACACGGGAGCAGACGGAGACGUGUCUAACGACUGCAGUGAUGGGCAUGCGGAGAACAACACACCGGGUGGUAGCACAUACAACAGAAGACGGUAGUUAAAGUUUGCAGGGGAGGAAUUUGGGAACUGCGUUUCCUCACACAGUGAUGCGGCCAGAUAAACUCGACUCUUCCAGUUUGUAGCUCAUGGCUAACGUCAGUGUUUUCAUUUGCAUUAGGCCAAGACAUAGAUAGUUGAUCCUCUGUGCUAAUAGGAACUGGCUUUAACCAUCACAGCCAAGUAGAUCACCGUUGAGAGUUAGCAUUGAAUGAGCUGUGUUAAGGGUCUUAGGCACAUGGUUCGUUUUGAUAUUGAGCUGAGUUUGAGCUCAAAUUGGAUCAGUUUUCAGGUUUAAGGCAGGAAGAAUGUCCGUAUGUACCGGAUAGAAUUGCAAGAAGUGUGUUUUACUCUUCCACGUCAAGCCCACAAACACUUAUGAAAAUGUUGAAUGCAAAUUGUUCUGUCUGGACAUCGAUUUGGUUUUUUUGCACCUAUUUCAACGUGUAAUUGCAUGUAGACGCUACUGAUGCUAUAUAGCAGACCAAAGGUCGUGCACAUAGCGGAAGUAGCAAUAUUUCACUCAAUUGCAAACUGAUGUGGAUAACUCAAUGAAGGACUGCUGCAUAAAGUAGAGAGGAGAUAUGAUGGGAGGAUUGGUACAUACAUACAUGAUAUCAAAAAUGAAUAAGACUACAAAUGUGCAAAUGCAAAACCACUAAUGUCGACCCAUUUCAAACGCUCACCACAAAUAACUAACAUACACAAAUCCACAUUCUUGGUGUUUAUUUUAACAUUUCACGGUAUUAACAACGUUCGUUCAUCUUUUUUGCAACAUGCCGAGUUUUUAAACAGAAAAUUGAAAAAUGAUGCGAUACCGAUUCGCGGCUUUAUGUUUUACUGAGGUGUCAGGGUAGUAGCUUGGCAACGUGUCAUAUAGAAACAGGCCGCUCGCUAGUCCCCAUCGUGGCGGUAAUUGACAGCUGGUAAUCGCAUGUUGGGUAAUCGCAGAUCUGAUCAUAGGGGUAGAGCGAAAAUUCGCAAAAUAUUUGGCCUGUUAAUAGUGUCAGAAAUACUUUAAAACAUUAGGUAUGUUGCAAUGGUGAAUGCAUGUUUUUGAUCAAAGGCGAACAUUGAAAUAGAAUCUAAGAACGUGGAUUUUGAUAGUGAGUUGCGUCAAGUUCAAGCACGUAAGCAGAAAUGGGGUUAUAUUAAUGUUUUUGGAGUUGUAACUUUAGUCAUUCAUCCAUUUUUAUUCUGUAUAUAUAUAUAUAUAUAUAUAUAUAUA